GGAUCGGUGAACGGUCCGGCGAUAUGUGUGGCCCUCGGGGUCAUCGGGCUGCUCGGGGUCAUCCUUUGUUCUGCCCUCCCUCUCUGGAAAGUGUCACAGGGACGUCAUGAAGGCCUUUGGGUGGAUUGUGUGAAGAAAGAUAGCAUGCACCAGUGCAAGGUGUAUGAGUCCAAGGUAUCCCCUGACCUGCAGGCCGCCCAGAUCAUGAUCAUCAUCAGCUGCAUGCUCGGUGCACUCAGCGUCCUCGUCCUGUCCUGUGGUGCCAACCUCACAACGUGUGUGCAGAACCAAGACGCCAUGCCCAGAAUGCGCCUGGUGGCCGGGGUGGGCCUGCUGCUGGGCGGCCUGCUGGUGAUCAUCCCGGUCAGCUGGUCGGCUCGUGUUGCUGUGACAGGAAAAGAAUCCCAAAAGAGAGAGAUGGGAGCGUCCAUCUACAUCGGCUGGGCAGCUGGCGUGCUGAUGAUCCUGGCUGGAGGUCUGCUCUGCUGGUUCAACAGACCCAAAUCCAAAGCUUAGGCUGAACUGGCAAGUACACAAAAAAAAAAAAAAAACACGUACAGAUGCUUCAUGUAAGGGACUGAUGUUUAAUGGAUGGGUAAAUGAAGGUUUACGUCGCUAAAAACUGGUAGAUAACGAGAUUGUUUUAAGAUAAGAUAAGAAUUCAUUUAUUGUCCUGCAAUGUUAAAAUUAGGGUGUAACACAGUUAUACACAGUUUUUAGUGAUGAGAAAAAAAGAAACAGUAAAAGAAAAAAGCAAAACAGUCUAAAUUAUCUCUAAAGAGGCACAGAGAGUAGAAGAUUAGGGUAAAUACCAGAGUAAAUAUUGACCAAAGAAAAAUAAAUUAUUUAAUAGUUGAAACACAAACGCCAGCCUAUUUACCUAACACACGAUAAUAGAAUAUGCAAUAUUUCCAUAACGUAUGAUAACGUACGAAGCUUUGUACAACAUGCAAUGUGUAUGUUAGGUCCUAGUUAAGGCGUGUGCAAGUUAUCUUAGAUUUUAGGAACAGUGUAAACAAUUAAUGAUUGGACCUGUGCACAAUUAGUAUGAUUUAAACAGAUAUUAUGUGUGUUGGGAGAUAAUUAAGCCUGACUGCAGUGGGGAAGGAUGCAGCAGUCUGUCACUGAAACAGCUCUGCAGCUCUGCAGCUC